AUGAACUAUUGUUUGACCUCAGGUGACCCCAGUCUGAGAGGAGGCAAUGGGAUUCCUCCACGCUGUGUGUUCCUGGAGGAAAUGGCCGCUGAGAUGGACGGUCAAGAUUGGCUGGACAUGGACAACAUUGAGCAGGCACUCUUCAACAGAUUACUGAUGCUGGAGCCAGGAAACCACCUCAUCUACAUGACCUCGUGUAAUGCUGUAAAUCUCUCUGCCGACCGAGACGCUGGGGACAAGUCCGCCAUACCGUUCCUCUACGCCUGCUACCAGAGAGCCAAGGAAGAGGUCACCAAAGUACCGGAGAAGCUGCUGUCGUACGCAGUGCGCUGUAAGAACCUGGCGGUGUCCAACACGCGCACGGUCCUGCUCACCCCCGAGAUCUACAUCAGACAGAACGUGUACGAGCAGCUACUGGAUUUGCUGCUAGAGGGAGUCGGCGGAGCCCAGCUGGAGGAGGUGGUGGAGUUCGUGGAGGAGGUGAUAGCUGGCCUGUUGGCUGACCAGGAG